AUGUACACGAAUUUAUAUGGAUGGCAUCCAAUGACACCGACACUCCACAAGAUCCUUGUGCACGGGGCGACUGUCAUCAAAUACGCUAUUGUUCCUAUCGGACAAAUGUCCGAGGAGGCUGCAGAAGCCAGGAAUAAAAAUUUUCGUUUGUAUAGACAGAAUUAUUCCAGAAAAUUCUCCAGGACCCUCUCCAAUAGAGAUGUUCUGCAAAGAUUAUUGCUCACAUCGGACAAAUUUGUUAGUCUCAGCAAAAAAAGUCGAACGCAAAAGUCGAGUCAACCAUUUCUGCCCGAGACACUGCGCCUGCUUGUGCCAGAUACACCUGAAAAUGAAGAAAUUCAUGGUACAGACAAUGACGAAAAUUUAAUUUAA